AAGCUUUUUCGAUUUCCCUCUGUAGGCUAAUCUUGCUUCGCAUCCCUGCAGUAGUUUCGAUUCGUUUCUAAACCCUAAUUUGCUACUUUCUGUAAGAAAAAAUGCCAAAGGUUAAGACUAACCGAGUCAAGUACCCAGAAGGGUGGGAGCUGAUCGAGCCUACUCUUCGAGAGCUUGAUGCCAAGAUGAGAGAAGCUGAGAUGGAUACACAUGAUGGCAAAAGAAAGUGUGAAACUUUAUGGCCGAUCUUCAAAGUCUCUCAUCAGAGGAGUCGGUAUGUAUAUGACCUUUACUACCGAAGGAAAGAAAUAUCUAAAGAGCUGUAUGAGUUCUGCUUGGAUCAAGGCUAUGCAGAUCGUAGCCUGAUUGCGAAAUGGAAAAAGUCAGGAUAUGAACGUUUAUGCUGCUUGCGCUGCAUACAGCCAAGAGACCACAACUAUGGAACAACAUGUGUAUGUCGUGUUCCCAAAAACCUGCGUGAAGAGAAAGCGGUUGAAUGCGUUCAUUGCGGUUGUCAAGGAUGCGCGAGUGGCGAUUAAUCUCACAGCUUCCUUCACAAUCCCAA